UGGGGUCGGUUUAUUUUCUUUGACUCCCUCGGGCAGCCUGAUGCCCAAUCCUGAAUUUGGUGUUUUGCCCCGUGUGUGAAGAGGACAAUGUGUGUGCAAGUUGUGCAGCACUGCCUGGGGAGAUGAUUGAGUGCUGCGUGAGGUCAGGAACUGGGGUCCUUCUUAACCAGAUGUUUCUAUCGGACCUGCGUUGCCGUUGUUAGUGUGACACUAAUGAUGGACAUCUGCAGACAGGGAAGCCUGAAUCCUCCCAGAUGUGCAGUUUACAUGGCAGCCGUGGCCCAGCACACUUCCACCCCACCACCCUCAGCGUGUCAUCCAGCCUUGCUCUGCGUCAGUUUCCCCAUCUGUGAGAUGGAGGUGGAUGGUCUUCCUCAUAUGGCUGAAAUACAGUGAAGUAUCCAUGAGGCAUGUGUGUGCAAGUGCAGCCACCCCUGCAGGGCACCUUCCAAGUACUUCGUGGGAACGGUACUUCUGUGGGGACUGUCAUCGUGUUCCACUGCCCCUCGGGCCACCAGAUGGUGGGGUCUGGCCUCCUCACCUGUGUCUGGAAGGGGAGCAUUGCUGAGUGGUCUUCAGAGACCCCCAUGUGCAAGACUGUGCCUCCCUAUGAAACCUUCGGCUUCAAGGUGGCCGUGAUCUCCUCCAUCGUCAGCUGUGCCGUCAUCAUGCUCAUGUCCAUGGCCUUCCUCACCUGCUGCCUCAUGAAGUGUGUGAAGAGGAGUGAGCAGCGGCGAUCCAACAGGGCGGCCCAGCUGUGGUUCCAGCUGAGAGACGAGGACUUAGAGACAGUACAGGCCGCCUGCCUCGGCCUCAAGGGCCUCAACAACAAACGCAGCAUCAGUGGCGAGUCCAGGAUCCAGCCCAUCCAGGCUCACGACAACCACAGCUUCACCACAGACCUUGGCGAGGGGACCAGAGAGCUGGCCAGCAUGGCCCGAGGCAUUGACAAGGACCCCUGGACCCCCAGUGGUCCCACCAGCUCACCACGUGCCCAGGUGAUGGUGCAUACAGCGAACCCAGGGCAGAUGCUGCCUGCCUCCAGGCCAACCGUGGGAAUGCUCAGACAGCCUGCAGCCUAUGUCCCGGGGUGACUAAGGUGGAGGCCAGAGCCCACAGUGGGAGGGCCAGGCUGACCCCACCAGCCGGCCACUGCAUCUCAACAUGUGUCCAGCUCAAGACUGGUCAGUGAAAUCAGCUUCCGGGUUUAGGGAUUCCCUCAGGGCACUGAGCUGGGGACCCUAUUUGGGGGGUGUCUGUCCCAGGGGAGCCCAGCUGUAGUGGUUUUUAUAGAUAGGCUUCCUUGAAACCACUGCUGAGGUUCGCAGAACCAGCUGCAGCCUCCCUCUAGUCAGGUUCCUUUGAAGAGACCGGGGGACAUUUUAAGCACGUCUAGUUUUGCAUAGCAGAGUGGGAAGGUGGCAGCAGGUUUCUCAACAAUUACAGCUGGCUGCUUUGUAUCUAUAAGCAGGGACCCAGCUGGGGUGCUGCAUCUAUUAUCUGUAAAGUUGUGGUAAGGGGUAUGAAAUAAACAAUACUUUGAAAAACAGCAAGGGUAAAAAUCACUGUCUCAAUUUUCAGUCCCUGCAUAAUGAAAACCUCAAGUGUAGUAGCAUAAAACUAUAGUUCCUUCUUAUUACAGCUCGGGGUUCCAGGUUUGCCGGGCUCUACUGGGCAGUGCUCACUGGGGCUUCUCCCAUGUGGUUGUGGGCAGCUGGUGGCACGCACUGGGUCAUAUCCAAGGCUGGCUGGGUUGCUGCCAGAUGUCAGCCGAGACCUCAUGGGGUGGUGGCCGCCUCAAGUGGCCUGGACCUCCUCACAUCAUGGCAUUCCACAGUGAGAGUCCCGAGUGCAAAUCUUACCUGUCAGGGCCUCAGAAGUCACCCUGGGUCACUACUGCUGCAUUCCAUUGAACGAGGGGAGGCAGCUGGACUCCACUUCUCUCCUGGGCCAGUUGAAAUCUGACUUCCAGCCUUCUGAGAUUUGGGGUGUGAUCUCUGGCCAUUGAGAAACCUCACUGAUGUUUGCCCUCUGAACUUUCCUGCUUCCUGGAGGCCCUGCAGCCACGUUGGGGCCAUGAGGGGUGGAGCCUGACAAAGAAGAGCUGGUGGUCCUCGGGAGCCUGUGCUACCCUGAAGCCACGUUUGUCAUGGUUUCCAUCACUAACAAAUACAUCUUGAUACAGGCCACACAGGACAGUCCAUCUGUCCUCUGAUUCACUUGGGAAGCCCCCAGCAGGGGGCGCUUGGGUGGUUUCACAUUUUCAGCUGCCACACUGGUACCAACAUCCUUUCUGUUCUGGGAUACUUUUCCAUCAGGUGGGUUCCACAGUGGAACUGUGAGGCCAGAGGGAGUGUGUGGUGCUCCGGUCGGUGGUGGGGAGGUCACGUGUGCGGACACUGGGUGGGUAAGCUCAGACCCAGCCCUCAACCAGACAAUGCAGCAUUCACGCUGUGGGGGUCCCUGGUAGACUCAGGCCCUCUCCAGCUUUUCUGGGAGUGGCAAGCAGUGGCCCUCAACUAUAUGCCUCCAAGGGGCCUGUGGGCUCAACUUUAUGGGGCCAGGCAGGGGUGGAAGGUUCACCCCGAUCCUGCAGGGUGUGAUCUUGAUGCGUGUGGAUGCUGUCAGAAACCGCUAGGCUCCUUACGGGGCUUCAGCAACACUGGGCAAGAUUCUGAGUUCCUGUCAUAAGUGCUAACUCCACCAGGCCCUCUCCAUGCCCUUAUCAGAAUGAGGUGAUGGGAGGCUUGCCAUGAGGGUUUGGGGGUGCCUUCAACAGGAGGUGUGUGUUUUGUCCCAGGUACCUAACCUUGGGCUACUGGAGCAGAGGACAGGAGGAUUGGGGUGAAGUGGUGCAAAGGGGAUGGCCCCAUCCUGCUCCAACUCCCAAUAGCUGAGAGUUACAGGGAUAGGUGUCCAGAUGGCCACAAGGUGCUACAGGGGCAGGAAGGAAGGGACAUGGUGCCCAGCUGGAAAGGGUGCAGGCUGGACAUCAAAGCCAUUGCUCAGGAGAGCUGUGGGGCAUGAGGCCUCUGUGGUGCAGCAUGCUGGGCCCUGACCCCAUCUAUACCAUGGCCAGGAGUCUCAGCUGGACUGGGAGACAUGCCUGCCAAGGAGCAGGAAGAGAGCUACGUUCUCUCACAGGCAUUUCAGAGCAGAGGGACUUCACUCAGCACCAGAGGAGAAGGGGGAGGGGGAGCCAGCCCCAAAUCUCCCCUAAAACCAAUUCUAGCUUGUACUAGGAAGAGAGAGGAGUGAACACCUUUUCUUGCUGUUUCUCAAAAUGCCAAGCUUACCCCCACCGAUGGGCCUUAGCACCUGCUGUGCCCCCUCCCUUGCAGGCCACAUGACUCACUCCCACACUUGCCUUCUUAGCUCAAGAAACAUUAACCACUGUUGUUAUAUCAUUCAGGAUAGGCGAGGCUGUGCUGCUGAAACAAACAACUCCUGUUUCAGUCAGCUCAGGCAGCUGUAACAAAUAGCACAGGCUGGGCAAUGUAAACAAUAGAGAUUUAUAUCACAGUUCUGGAGGCUGGAAGUCCUAGAUCAAAGUGCUGGCUGAUUUGUUUUCUGGUGAGGGCUUUCUUACUGGCUUGCAGAUGGCCACCUUCUUGCUAUGUCCUCACAUGGUCUUGGAGCAUGUACAGAGAGAGGGAGAGGGAAAGAGUGCUCUCUGGUGUCUCUUCUUAGGAGGACACUAAUCCUAUGGGAUCAGAACCCCACCCUUAGGACCUCAUUUUACUCUAACUACCUCCUUAAAUGCCCAUCUCCGAAUAUAGCCAACACUGGAAGUUAGGGCUUCCAGUCCAUAGCAACCCCCUAAGUCUCAGGGGCUCAGACAACAUCAUUUAUUCCUUGUUCACAUUGUGUGUCCAGUUCAAUCAGCAGGGGCUCUGCUCAGUGGAGUCGUAGUGCCUCACCGGUGGAGCAGCCCCUUUCCAACUUGCACCUCCACAGUCUCCAGGAAGGGGAGGGGAUGCUGGAGCCUCUUCGACCAGCAAUGCAAUCCUCUGGCCUGGAGGGGACACACCUCACUUCUGUGCAAGACACAUCAACAAGACUGACCUCAGGGGCCAGGAGAGUGACUCUCCUGAGUGUGCAGAAGGAGAGGGAACAGGCAGGUGAGAACAACACCAGGACUACCAUAUCAUCCCGCAUCAGCUCUUUCACAUACAGUGCUGGUGAGUCCCAUGGUUUUCAAUUGCUAUGACAGCUAAUUUAUCAGAGAAAUACCAAUCAGACCUAAAUAUUGGAACAGUGCCAUUCUUGCCCCCAGAAGUAGCUGUGCAGAAUCAGCCUAAGAUGUCACAAGGGAGACUUCAUUACCCAGCAGUUGGGGCACAGCAUUUGGGAAAAAAUUGUACCUCAUGUGUCAUUUCCUCAACAAUGUGGUUACCUAUGUGUCCCAUUUAUCCACUGCUGGAUAGUGAGUCAUCCCAACACUCAGUGGCUUUAAACUGUGGCCACCAUGUUGUCAUCUCUCCUGGUUCUGUGGGUUCUUGCGGGCAUGCCUCCCCCACAGCUGCAGUUAGCAGAGUCCAGGGCUGGAAUCUUCUAGAGGUGACCACUCACACAGCUAAUAGUUGAAACUAGUUGUUUGGGACCUCAGCUGGGGCUCUAGAUGGAAACACCACAUGUAGCCUGAGUAUUCUUCAAGCGUGGUGGCUGGGAUUCAAGGGUAGACAUCCCAGAAACAGGAAGUAGGGGCUGUUGGUUUCCUAUGGCCUGGGCCCAGACUAUUGCCAUGCAGUCCAAGAUUUAGAUAUGCUCACACUUCUUGAAGUCAGUGUGCCAGAGAAGAACUCUCCAUUCUACCUCUCUCCCUCGCCUUCCCCUGGCCCAAAACCCCAGCCCCACCUUCUCUCAGAUCCCAUAACCAAUCCUGCAGCAGUUCUUUUGGUUCAGCCUCCAAAUUCAACAGGAACACACCCCAUCUCCAACCUCCACAACCACCACUCUGGUUCUAGCCUCCUCCUCUCACCUGAACCAUUCCAGUAGUCUCCUCCUGGUUGCCCCUUGGUCUCCCUUCCUCCAUUCAAGCCCCAUCCUCCUGGCCCCAGAGUCAGUUCCCAUACAGCUACCAGAGGGUUACUUUUAUUUUUUUUAAUUGUGGUAAAAAAUACAUAACAUAAAAUUUACUAUCUUAGCCUUUUUUUUUUUUUUUUUUUUUGAGGUACGCUAGCCUCUUACUGCUGUGGCCUCUCCCGUUGCGGAGCACAGGCUCCGGACGCGCAGGCUCAGCGGCCAUGGCUCACGGGCCCAGCCGCUCCGUGGCAUGUGGGAUCCUCCCAGACCGGGGCACGAACCCGUGUCCCCUGUAUCGGCAGGCGGACUCUCAACCACUGCGCCACCAGGGAAGCCCCUAUCUUAGCCAUUUUUAAGUGUAAAGUUCAGUGGCAUUAAGCACAUUCACGUUGUUGUGCUACUAUCACCACCAUCCAUACCCAGACCUUUUUCAUCUUCCCAAACAGAAACUCUGUUCCCAUUAAACACUAACUCCUCCACCCCUCCCUCAACCCCUGGCACCCACCGUUCGACUACUCUAGGUACCCCAUAUAAGUGGAAUCACAUAUUAUUUGUCCUUUUGUGACUAGCUUAUUUUGAGGUAGGAGGUGGACAGCCCCUGGGCUGAGCAGCUGGGGUUUGUCAAGUGGAGUAAACUGGAGCUUUGUUUUCCUUGACACUCCAAGGACAAAGUUAAUGGCAGGAGCUGGGCUCUGCUGAGUAAAGAGAUAAGAUAACCACAUGUAUCACUCCUGAGGGCAAGGAAACCUCCCCAACUGCACCUGCACAGGAAGGCUCCUUGAGGGUUAAAAAGGGAGGGGGCGUUAUCCAAUAAUAGGUGUUGUCAAACCUUCCUUUAGCCUUUGCGCUGGAAUCCAUCUUGGCAAAAAGAUGUGCAUGCAUGUCAGGAAGGUCCCCAAGGUCAGAUGUGGUAAAAGAAGCGAGAUAAUUGGCCAGAGGAGAAAAAGACCCAGAAGAACUGCCCCCAUAUAAAUGAUUUAACCACUUCUUUACUUUGCUCCUCCUCAUUAGGGGGGAUGCCCACCCCCUUUUUCUCCAGGUGUGUAUUUCUGCUUUGCUUCUGUCUAAAUAAACUGCUUCUGUGUCAGCAGACACAUCACUGCUGUCUCUCUGAGAACAAUUUCAUUCAGUCUUUUGUGUUCUGAGUGAAACCAAGAAGUACCCUGUGGGGCUCCUGGGCAUAGAAGCCUUUUUGUCCCCCAUUUCUUGUAGGCAAGACCCCAGCCUCCAUUACCUUUCCUGAGUUCCAAAGGGCAGAUUCAAACAGUUGCUAAUCAAAGAAGGAGCAGCCAACAAACCACCUGAGGCAAGACUAGACCAGAGAAACCCUACAAGAUUUAGGAGUUCUAGGGCUUCCCUGGUGGCGCAGUGGUUGAGAGUCCGCCUGCCGAUGCAGGGGACACGGGUUCGUGCCCCGGUCCGGGAAGAUCCCACAUGCAGCGGAGCGGCUGGGCCCGUGAGCCAUGGCUGCUGAGCCCGCGCGUCCAGAGCCUGUGCUCCACAACGGGAGAGGCCACAACAGUGAGAGGCCCACGUACCGCAAAAAAAAAAAAAAAAAAAAAAAAAAAAGAUUAAGGA